AUGACCACCAUGAGGUCUGCCGCUGCCAUCGCCACCAGCCAGGGUGUCAACAUCAGCGUUCAUCUCCCGGUGCCCAAGGGCACUGCCAGCCUGUGGCAGGAGUUGAGCAGCCCGGAGCAGCGUGCCGAGCUGGUUGCCGACACUCGGUCAGUGCGUUGGCACAUCCCCAUCUUCCCUGGAGGCUCACAGUUCACCGCCCGCUUCAAGCUGGAGGUGGCGGAUCUGAGCGCUGCGUCGCUGUUGGAGCUGGGCCCUGCCUGCAUGCAGUUCGAGCUGCCCAUGACCACCUGCUCGGGGCUGCAGGUGCGGUUCCUGCGCCUCUCCUCUGCGCAUCCACCACCCCUACAGCCGCCGCACCGCUGGGUGCGAUACGUCACGCACAGCGACUCCUACCUCAUCCGCAUCUGAUCCCACCGGACAGCCGGGACGCUGCGCUGACCCUGGGAGCGUCCGAGACCUGGUGCCCACCACAGUGAGACCACGACAAAUAUUUAAAAUCAUCAGAGGAAUUGAUCGGGUAAAUGCACAGAAUCUCUUGCCCAGAGCAGGGGAAUCGAGGACCAGAUGACACGGGUUCAAGGUGAAGGGGAAAAGAUUUAAUAAGAAUCUGAGGGAUAAAUUUUUCAGACGAAGCGUGGUGGGUGUAUGGAACAAGCUGCCGGCCAGAGGGCGACCCUAUGAUAACACACAGCAGGUAGAACCGCUGCCUCGUUUUGCCGCCAGCCCGCCUCGCACCGCCAACAAGCUCGGACACGAAGUGCUGGAGUAUUGUGUAGGAAGGAACUGCAGAUGCUGGUCCACACCAAAGAUAGACACAAAACGCUGGAGUAACUCAGCAGGACAGGAAGCAUCUCUGGAAAGAAGGAACGGGUGACGUAUCAGGUUGAGACCCUUCUUCAGACUGAGAGUCAGGGGAAGGGGCGACACAGAGAUAAGGAAGGGUAGGGUGUGAAAACGAGACAUCAAAAGCGAUGGAGCUCAAGGAAAAUGUAGAUUGUUAUUGUUACCUAGGGGAAGGUGAGAACAAAGCAAACAUAAAAAUUCAAUCGGGGGGAGUGAGGCUGGUCGGAGAACUGGGGAGGGGCGGAGAAAGGGAACGCAAGGGUUACUUGGUGAAGUCAAUGUUCAUAGCGAGGAACAUUAACUACUAACUUCAAGUAACUUGCUUUCCCCCUCUCUCCAUCCCUCCCCGUUCCCAGAUCUCCAACCAGUCUGACUGUUCCCGAUUACAGUUUAUCUCGGUUUUGUUCUCACAUUCCCCGAGCUAAUAUUCUCGAGCUAACAAAUCUACAUUCUCCUUGAGCUGCUUCUCUUUUCAUGUCUCGUUUACUGAAGUCAAUUAACCUGUACGUCUUUGGAGCGUGGGAUGAAAACUGAGCACCCGGAGAAAAUCCACGCAGGUCACGGGGAGAAGGAACAAACUGCGUACAGACAGCACCCGUGGUCAGGAUGGAACCUGGGUCUGUGGCGCUGUGAAGCAGCAACUCUACCGCUGCUCCACCGUGCGGCUCUGUCGGAACAAGCUGCCUGAGUCGCUCAGUCAGAGACAUAGAUGGCCCUUUCUACAGCCCCAUAGAGCUGCCCUGGUGAGAUCUUGAAACAGAGGAUUCCAUCAACAUUGUUCUCAGAACCAAUGUACAAUUAAUGUAAAUAAAAGUCUUUAAGUUAAAAA